GAGCUUCAGUUUGAGUUGAUUUCAAGUUAAGUAAACGUUGUGAUAGUUUUUUUGGUUGAAGUAUAAGUUGCUUCCUUAUUUGGUUAACAAUGUUUAGUUUCAUUUCACAUCUAAUACAGUUAACAUCAACCAUACAGUCAACAACAAAGUUAACAGUAACAACACGAGUAACAACAAUCUCAUAACAACUUUGGUACAAAAUAGUGCAUUGUAUAAUAUUAUAAAUAUAUAAAUAUAUUAUAAAAUAGAGUUUUUUAUUUUUUAAAUCUUGUGCUUUUAUCCAUUUUUUUGGUCAACCUUUCACUUUAAUCAGUGUUUUUUAAAGAUCGCUUCAUUUCAUUUUCAAUUUUUGCGGCUCUUUCUUUCUUUACUGUCUUUACAUUUCUUUGUUUUCUUAUGUUUUACAUUCAUUCAUCUUCCUCCCCUUCCUCCUCCUACAUUUUGACAAAACUGUUUACAUGAUGAAACUUGGAUUUGUGGUAACCUGAAACCGUGAUUAGCAUCAUCAUAAAACACACACUCAACAUAAAGUCCAAUUAAUUGUAUUUGAUUAAUGCCUUGUUAUACUGUGUAACUACCGGUGAACACUAAACUCAUCAAGCAACAACCAGAACAGCAAAAGUCCAUUGGAUUGGUGUUGAUGGAAGAGCAAUAAACAAGGUCAACAUUUGACAGAAGGGAACCAGUUCAGGUUGACCAACAAAGAAACCAAGAGAAACCCAAAAACACCGAGAGUUUAACAGUGAAAAUUGAAGAAACAGCAAAAGAAAUGGUUCUGUGAUUAUUAUUGACUAUUUAUCGUCUCAUCAUUGAGUAUUUACAAGUUGAUAACCUGUGAGAGGGAGACUGAUUAUAAUUGCGAGAUUGAUUAUUGAUGGAUAACAUGAUAAUGUCACCGGUGAAUAUUGAAGUGAGGAAAGGACGGAAACGUCGACCAAGCAACAGCCUCGAAGACGAUCCAGUUAUGGAUGAUUGUACAGCCGCUUUGGUUCUAAUGAGUCUCUCUUGUUCACCCAAAUCAACCUUUAUUCCUGAUCGAGGAGUCUAUUCAAUGUCUGUGAAGAGCAUCGAUUCUGGUGUUGGCUAUUGUUCAGCGGCAAGUCGAUCCAAUACGCCUUCACCGACCACAAUCAACGAAGAUUCAACUGCCCCAAUUGCCAUUGAGAUUAAGGGUGAUAAACGAUUCAAUGGAUUGACAAUCAAAGAUGAGGGAAUCUACAUGGAUGAAACUAUUGAUUUUACUAAUGAUUAUCCAAUACAAACCAGUGUUGAGAAGGCACGACGAAUUGUGUUCAAAUGUACUUGGCGUGGAUGUGGCCUUCGAUGUGAUCUUGUUGAAGAUAUUGAGAAACAUGUUAGAAUAGUUCAUCUUGGACGAAGUGAGGCGACCGGCGAAGAUGAUAAUGAUCAUGAGGAAGAAUUUUAUUAUGCUGAAAUUGAAGAAGAGAUGGAAAUUGAUAAUAUUAGUAGUAAAGAGAGUUCAUGUUCUAGUGACAGUAGUCUGGGUCCUUUGUCACCCGUCUCGAGUUCACCAGAGUCACCUAACAGUACAAAUUACAAUCUAAGCCCAACACUCAGCUCGGCUUCCCUCCUUUUCUUUGCUCCUUCACCCACUUGGAGUCAUCUUGAUAUGGCUCGACCUCCACACGAAGAUCCUGAGUACCAAAAGCAACAAAAGCAACUUCAACAGCAACAACAACUACAACAAAACCAGCAAGUGCAAAAUGUUCAACAGACAACUUCUGUGAAUCAAACUAUUCUCAGUGCCCAGAUUAAACCGGAACCGGAAAGGAAGACAGUGAUAUCAAGCCCGAUCAACAUUCCCGGUAUUUCGGUGGCCCAUCGUUGGUCGACAAAAGGUCGUGAUUCUUCUUGUUCAUCUUCUUCUUUCUCGACUAGUUGCAACUCGAGCUAUUCAAGCUUUUCCAAUUCCCAUUCGAAUCAACAGCAUCACAACCAUCAUCAUCAUAAUCAUCCUUUUAACCCUCAUCAUGAACACCAAUCUCAAGCAUCUUUCCUUGCCUCUGGUUCAAGUCCAUUAAGUUUUUUCUCUCCAAAAGCUCCUUCCAAAGUUAUGCGAUUGAGUUGUAAAACAUCCAGCCCGGUCAACUUGAAGUCAACCUCAAGUAGCCCAGCCUCAACUGCAAAUGCAACAACGCCAACACCCUCAAUAGCAGUUGGCAAUGGUACAACAACAAACAGUUCAACCAUGAGUACAAAUUUUAAAAAUGCCAGCAACUCUAGCAAUCAUCAUCAUCAUCAGCACCAUUCAAGCAACAGCAAUCAAUGGACAAGCUUAUUACAAUCAUCAAGUUCAUCUUCAUCUUCACCAUCAAAAGGGCACAGCAUAUCGCCAACCCGACGAUCUCGAACUGAAACCAGAAAGUGUCGUAAAGUUUAUGGAAUGGAUAAUCGUGAUUCAUGGUGUACUCAAUGCAAAUGGAAAAAGGCUUGCACUCGUUUUGUCGAUUAACCAUGAAAAGCAAAAGCCGAGCAAGCAAGCGAGCGAGCGAGCGAGCGAGUAGAGUGAAGAAUAGCAAAGAAUCAAAAGCAUAACAAAGUUUCUUGCAAAAAAAAACACUUUGAUAGUGUUAUCAAACUCUCACUCUUGCUCAAAUCAAAAAGAUGGCCGAAAGAUGCAAAAGCCCAAGUUAUAUUGUUUCAUUUAUCCUUAUCUGUACAGAAAAAAACAAAACAAAACUCAAAGCUGAAUGAAAUUUUUUUUACACGCCUUUCCAUUUUGGUGAAAAGAAAACACUUAAACUGUUAAACUCAGCGUGAUUUUACUUUAAAAGGUAAUAAUGAUGAUGGUCAAGUCCUAACCAACAAUUAUGUCUUCAAUUAAUGAAUGGCAGAGUAUGAAAAAAAACAAUAAGAUUGUUAUGCUAAUUGAGUAAAGUAUGGUGAUAAUGUCAAGGAGAGAAGCUCAAAGAAGGCGAAAAAAAGUGAAAAGAAUGAAAUGUUGGAAAAAAGGUGAAACCCAACAGGUAAAAAAAAGAGAGAGAAGAAGAUGAAUAAAUUGAAAAAUUCUUUAACCUUUGAGCUUCUCUCUUUGUUUCUCCCAUUGCUGCAAGAAAUGGUUUCAUCACAAGUGUUGCAAUGUAAUAAAAUGAUGAUCAUGAUGUUCAUCAAAAAAUCUUUUUCUUUCUUUGUGCUUCUUGAAUAACUAAACAAAAAAUUCAUCAUCAUUAUCAUGCUCUUGAUAUCAAUAUGAAAAGUAACAAAAAUUGUAAUUUUAACAAAAAAAAGAGAAAAUGAAACUUGAAGAAAAUUCAAGUUUCCAUUUGACAAGCAAACACACAGCAAAUAUUA